UCGAUUAUUUUCGACUACAUAAAAAGUAGGAAACUGUCCUCUCAUAUUAUCGAUAAAAAAGGUUGAAUUAUAUUCUGUGGUUUCAAAAUGUAGUGCUAUUACGAUUAUUAACCUUUUAUAGUUAGUCUGUGGCGGACUCUAUUCAAUUAUUUUAUCUAUGGACAGAAGUAAUCAGCAAAAGAAUACACUUGAUCGAAAGUCAAAUGUCAUUCAAUUUAUUGAACGUAUCAUUCGUUUGGAAAUAUUGUUGAUAUAUAAUUUAUCAAGGAAGGGUAUAAGUCACGGUUACGGGUUGCCUAUACAUGAAUUUGCAUCGGUUAUACCGAUUAAAGCGCCAUCUCUACAUUUACGUAUAAAAUGUAGUUUACUGGAUAAUACAUAUCGACAUAACCUUACUUUUCUACAUUUCCUGGAUCUCUAUUUAACUUCUACAAUCUGGCAACAGUAGGAGCAUUGUUAUUUGAUUCAAUGAGUUAUAUUUUAUUUAAUUCAGGUCGAUUUUCUAAUUUGACCGUACUAAAUAAAUAUCGUAGUAACGUUACUUUGUGUAAUCUAAUAUUCAAUAAUAACACAAUUGAAUUCUUGCACGAAUAAUUAGAUUGUCAGUAUUCGUCGAGGGAGCGUAAUAACACACACAUAUAUAUAUACACGGGGUGAAUUUUCGAAAUAUGGAUUCGCAGAGUCCAAAUUUUCGGUUUACGGAAACGCAAAAUUCCGUUUUGCCGGUUUCGGCUUUUACCACUUACAGCUUGUUGAGGAACUGCAAUUAUUUAUUAUCGGCACAAUCUCAAGAACCUCAUUUUAAAUCAUUCUUAAACCCAGAUUUGUCGAUACGAUGUCCGUCUACAGAAAAUACAAACAAAUCCUUUUUAACACCAUCUUCGAUACUGAGAUACCAACCGUCAUUCCAUUUUUUACCAGAACAAAUACGUUCUCGAACACCUCCUGAUAUAACUCAAUAUUCACCUUUAUACGAUUCAUCUAAUAACAGAAGACAACGAGGUGAAAAGAAAGCUAUACCGGACGAACAAAAAGAUGACAAAUAUUAUGAGAGGAGGAGACGUAAUAAUCAAGCGGCUAAAAAGUCGAGAGAUGCCAGAAAAAUGAGAGAAGAUCAGAUCGCUCUGAGGGCCACAAUAUUGGAACACGAAAACGCCAUAUUAAGAGCUCAAGUUUUAACUCUUAGAGAAGAAUCUUCAUCAUUGAGACAGAUGCUGUUACAGAAAAAAGCCAUAGAAAUUGGGUCGAGGGAUCCACAACUCUGCAUUUCUUGAAGAUAAAUUUUAAAAUUGUGAUAUUUUUGUUUAAUUUAGGU